UUUGCAUCCAAGGGCUUGCAUGUCUCCGUAUUUCCGGGUCACAUCUUGGUACAACUGAUUCAAUGAACACUGCAAACAAGAGGGGGAUUUCUAGUGCUUUACUCCCCUUCUUAAAUAAAAACACAAGACUAUAUGAAACGUUUCUGAUUGCUGAGAAGCAAUAACCUUGCAUUACUUUCUGGAAGAUACAGGGUUAACAGAAACAGCCUCCUGUCGCCUUCCUCUUCCACCAGCAGUGACAUCACACUCCGGCAUCAGCCAAUAGGCCUGCAGGAGUCGCCCCCCCUCUCCCCUCCACUCUACUCCUUAUAUCCUCCACAGCCAAGUUCAACAGUGAAAAUGUGUUAAUAGCAGAGCACAGAAGCAGCUGCUCGGCUCUCUUCACUCUAGCUUUCUCUCAACAAACAAUGACUGGAGACAGACAGCAGGGACUCUGCGCAAUAUGAUGGGCUGCAAGUCGGGACCCUUAGCCUGCCAGCAGCAGCAGGUGCAGAUGGAGAGCUCCACGGCCAGCCUGGAAGGAGUAGCCCUGGCCAAGCCUGAGCCCCUGUCCACCCUGGAGAGGCUGGCCCUGGCCACGGGAGGCACAGAGAAGUCCUGGUACCGCUGCAUCUUCCCCUUCGGCAUCAUCUCGCUGGUCAUUGGGCUGUCCAGCGUGGCUGUCACCUUCUACUUCAACAACCUGCCCAUGGCCAAGGCGGUCUCGGUGGUCCUGCUGGGGGUGGGCCUGAUGGUAACGACCUUCGCCUGCUGUAGGGUGCACAACAGGAAGAAGAGGAAAAGGAAAGAAGGAGGCUCCUUCAGCUUGGAGCAGUGCGCUCUGUGAGGGGGUUCAGUGAAAGGGGAGUGGGGGGGGGGGCAGCUGCAUCCACUACCCCCCUCUUGUCCACUGGGAGCCAUUUGGGGCUGGACUUGCAAUUUGCAGAAACUCUGAGGCAGUGCUGGAGGGGGCUUGGUAAUAAAACACAGACAGACUGGACUGUCCAUUAAAGGUUCAUUGACAGCAUAAUAAAUCAUUGGUACAUAUGUGCACGAAGUUUCUAAAAAGCACACGCAGCACAGAGGAAGACGCAUAUAAAGUUCUCAAAUCAAAGCCAGCUCCUUGCCUGCUAAAGCCUUCGUGCUUCACACUGGAGCUCUGAAUCUCUGACGCACCGCCUCAGCUGUAAAAACAAACAAGCGUCAGGAGAUUUAAUAAGGAGACAGGGACUGCGCUCAAACUGCCAUCCUCUGGAGGAUUGCUCAGUGUCAAGGCAUUCACUGGAACAGGGGAAGGUGCGAUCAGGGUAGAUAACAGAACACCUUCUGGAAAGCAAAGGACUGUCAGAUCGUGCCCUAAAAGCAAGUCAUAUUUAUUUAUGUUGGAAAUGAAUUUCUGACGUACUCUCUGUAUAUUUGAAAUAAAAGCAGCUAAAACAGCAACAGCAGGAGCCUGCCACAGGGCCAUCUGCUAUUCCUUAUGCUGUCAAACUUGCCAGAUCAGAAAUGUGUAUUGAGCAAGACUGCUAACCUCCAAAACACUAGUGUACCAUGCUAGGCAGAUUUAAUGAACACACACUCUUUCCUGUCCGUGACAGAUGGGAUGUCCUUUAGAGCAGGGAGACUCUGGAUUUCAGAUCAGAUUCCGUACAAGAAGUCUGGAAAUUCAGUUCUGCGCUUCCUUGUCCACCUUUGUCCCUUGAAAUCAAUGCUGUCCCAGUUACCAGUGCACUGCUGCUACAAUGCCAUUUGGCACACAGCAGGCAUGGGACUGGCCUGCCAACCCUUUACCGUAAGAGUCAGAGAUUGAACCCCAGGGUCACCGAAUGGACUUCAGUAGUGGUCUACGACUUCCGCCCUCUCUCACUAAGAGGACUGUGCCUGGUUGUGACCGCUGUGCCUUUCUGGCUCCCUGUUUUGUGCCCUGGAGGGGUGGUCGGUCAGUGGUUUUAUCCACUAUAUGUACUGGAUAUUUGUUCCAUUUACCCAUAAAGAUACCAAAAUGGAUCAGCCCCCCACUCCAGCCCGCACUGCGUGACCUCGACUGAUCCACUUGAGCUGAAGCAAAGGGGGGGGGGGGGGGGGGACCAG